AUGGAAACAGAAGUUAAUUUUCUAUCAGAAGAUAGCUUAAAUGCUGAGGUAUCGCCUUUAUCAGCAUGUCAUCUUUUCGAAAGCUCCUCAAUACUUUUUAAGCUGUCUCCACCUGAGCUACCACCAAACAAAGCACACCCACUUUCAAUUGCUUUAAACCUGCGGCAUCUUCAAACAGUACAAGCAAAUAAACUUCUUAUACCACAUGUUCAAGAGCAUACUAUAGCUUGCCCAUCUUGCGGGUGUAUUUGGAUUCCAGGUAUCAAUGUUCGAGUUCGUUUAAUCACACACCGUACAAACAUGUUAAGGCACAGGCUGCCCAAAGGAAUACUAUUAAAAGAACAUCAAAACGAAGAUCAUAAUGAACAUGAAAAUAACCCUUCCGUAUCUAAAAGAUUAUCCAAACGUGCCAGGAAAAGGAAACUUUUAAAAAUGAAGCAAAAAAAGAAAGCACUUGAUCACAAGCUUAAUACUGUAUACGGUCUGGAUGCUGAAUACGUUUCUACCCGAGCCAAAGAGUUACGAAAAAACCGAAAAAUAUUAGCCUAUGGCUGUGGCCAGUGUCACAUUUAUCAUAUUCUUGACCCAGAAAUUACAAAUCAAUACCCAACUGUUUCCGUAGCAGCUUCAGUUAAAAAGAAGAGCAACAACGGGUUACAGCAAAAAUACACUCUAAAAGAACAAGGUCCAAAUAAUAAAGGCAAUCAAGACUUAUCAGAACAGGAAAGUUUAAGUAAUUUAUCUCAUUCUAGUACAACUACUAAGACCGAUUCUAUUCUCGCUUCACGUAAAGAUAAACUUCCUUCCAAAAGUAAAUCUAAGAAAAAAAGUUCAUUACAAAUGCUUAUUGCAAAACAAAAAGAAUCAAAAUCAAACCAGCAAUUUUCAUCUGGCCUGGGUCUUUUGGGGCUUAUGACAAAAAAAUAA